AUGCCUUCCAGCCGUCGCCUGGUGCUCGCCUCCGCCCUGGCCCUGCUGUGCCCGCUGCCCGCCUUCGCGCAGCCUGCGCCGGAUUCGCUGCAGAAGGUCGAGAUUCUGCUCGACUGGAAGGCGCUGCCGACCUUCGGCGGCUUCUAUCUCGCGCGGGAGAUGGGUGCUUUCGAACGGCGUGGCCUGGAGGUGACCUUCGCGGAAACCCAGGGCGCGAUCUCAUCGGCCGAGAUGAUCGGCUCGGGCAAGCAGUACUGGAUCGGCUCGUCGAGCGGCAUCGCCACCGCCAUCGGGCCGCUCCAAGGGGCGUGCCGGUCAAGAGCCUGGCGGUCUACUACGCCAAGACGCCGACCGUGA